CGAUUCCCAACUUCUUCUCCGAACUUCGUCGGGAGGCAAGUGCACACCGCGGCUCCGCGUCUCCAACUGAUACAGAUUCCUAUCAGCGAGGUUCUGCCGUCGACGUCGUAGUCGUAGUCGUCGUCAUCGUGCACUUUGCACCCUAUCCCAAUCCAAGCUCGGAUUCUCCUCUGCUGGAGGUGGCGGCGUCGGUGCAUCGUCGCGAAUAUAAAAGCUACCGCAUCCCACUACCAUCGUUCAGUUUGUUCAGCUGUUCUGACGCGGUCAAGUUCGUCGAUAGUAACAACGACCAUAUCAUCACAACCGAUGCAAUUACCCCAUUAAACAACAAAAUCAACACACGAUCAUUACCGUAAAGUUAUCCAGUGGAACUUCUGAUAUACAUCCACUUCUUGGAAUACAACCAACAAUGGCACCAAAUAUCUCUUCAGUACCUACUGGGGUUUUGCACGAAACCGACGAUGAAGUCUUGGCCACGCACGUUCCGCCUCAGCUCCAUAAGCCCGAGGAGAGGAAGAUGCAACUGGUAUGGAGGAACAUCAUCCUCUUCGUCUAUCUCCAUCUUGGCGCUCUCUACGGCAUCUACCUUCUGUUCACCGGAGCCAGCAUAUUCACUUUCUUCUGGGCGAUGUUUUUGUACCAAUGCGGUGGAUUGGGAAUCACUGCUGGAGCACAUAGGCUCUGGGCCCACAAAUCGUACAAGGCCAAGUGGCCGCUGAGGGCAUUGCUGACGUUCUUCAACACUUUGGCUUUCCAGGAUGCCGUCGUUGAUUGGGCGAGAGAUCACAGGAUGCAUCAUAAGUACAGUGAAACCGAUGCCGAUCCGCACAACGCCAAACGCGGCUUCUUCUUCGCUCACGUCGGCUGGUUGCUCUGCCGCAAGCAUCCCGAGGUCAAGCAGAAGGGCAAGAACAUCGACCUCUCUGACCUCUACGAUGACCCGAUCCUGCGUUUCCAGAAGAAGCACUACCUGAUCCUGAUGCCGCUCGUCUCCUUCGUCAUGCCCACCGCUGUACCGAUGAUCCUCUGGAACGAGACCUUCCUCAACGCCUUCAUGGUCAACCUGUUCAGAUACACCUUGACUUUGAACGCCACCUGGCUGGUCAACUCGGCCGCCCACAUCUUCGGAGAUAAACCAUACGACAGGUUUAUCAAUCCUUCUGAAAACAUUUCCGUUUCCAUUCUCGCCAUGGGCGAGGGCUGGCACAACUACCAUCACACCUUCCCAUGGGACUACAAGACCUCCGAGCUGGGAAAAUACACCACGAACUUCACAGCCGCUUUCAUCGAUUUCAUGGCCAAGAUCGGACAGGCUUACGAUCUGAAGAGCGUCAGCACCGAAUUGAUCAGGAAGAGGGUGCAGAGAACCGGCGACGGCACCCACGAGCUGUGGGGAUGGGGCGACAAGGAUCAGGAUAAGGAGGAAGUGCGCGACGCCAUCAUCACACACAAAAAGGACGCAUAAGGUUCCGCACCAGAAUAUCCUUGCCACCCACUUUGUCUCUCUACGUUUUUUUAUUUCCUUUUCUUUUUUGCCAUAGAUUUAUAUACAUAAUUAUAUAUAUAUUAAAAGAGAAGAGAAGAAAAAAAGAAUAUUCGUAUUUUGUAUAUAAGAAUAUAUAUAUAUAUUAGAUGUAAGAUGAUAUAAGAGAAACGUAAAGAAGUGGACACUAUAUU